CUCUGAGCCCCUGGGACGGCACCUUCACCUCCGCGCUCGGUUUAACCAUUAUUGGCUGUUUAAGCAGGGAAAAAAGUUGUUUCCUUCCUUCUCCGUUGGGCAACUUCCGUCCCCCCCCCCCCGCGGAGCCCCCAGAGCAGCGUCUGCCUGCGCGGCCGGAGCCCGCCCGGACCCAGGCUGGAGCCAGGAUAGGACCCAGGCUGGACCGAGCCUCUCCUCGGUGCUGCUCCCUUUGGAUUCGCCUUUGUUUGGGUUGGAGUUUCCUGGGGGCAGAGCAGGGUUUUCUCCCCGUUCAACCCUGGUGCGAGGAAACCACCAGCCCCGGGGGCCGACACCAGCCGCUGCUCUCAGGGAGGGCUUUUGGGGUGCUGCCAGUCCGGGCCGCGCUUCCAGCUCCACUUGGGGUGUCUCUUGGUGCCUUACUUUAUCCUUUCUGUGUUACUGUAGUGCUUAGCGGUGCCUGCACCAGCUGCGGCUCCCUUCUGUAAAGUACCUUUUCUCGGUGGCGCGAUGGCCGACGGCGGCGAGGACCCGGCCGUGUUCUCCUCCACCUCUCUGCCCGCAGACCCACGGCUGCUGGCCACGGUGACCAACGCUUACCUGGGCACGCGCGUGUACCGCGACACGCUGCACGUGAACGGCGUGUACAGCGGGGCCGCGGGCGACACGCACCGCGCCGACGUGCCCAGCCCCGCCAACGUGUGCAUGGAGGGGCCAGGUGCGGGCAGCCUGGAUGAGACCUUCACCCUGGACACCCGAACGGGAACCUUCAGCCAUGAGCUUCAGUCAACAGAUUAUGUGGCCACCCAGCAGAUCUAUGCUCACUAUUCCCUUCUCCACUUGAUGGUCGUCAGCAUCACCAUCCGGCGAUCGGCUCACAGCACCCAACCCAUCACGGUCCAGCUCCAUGCUCCUUUUGAGCCAAAGAGCCAGGACUUGGACCUGAAACAGGGACCAGACUUCCAGGGAGCACACUACGCCUAUGGGAGGACGCUGGUUCCCGAGGUGGAGGGGGGGCCAUGUCCCGCCGUUCACAUGCUCUGGACGCCGGUGCCGGGCGCGCUGACACUGCGCGGGGAGGAGCGGGAGCGCCGCUGGGAGUUCCUGACGGCCGUGGCCGGCAGCGAGGAGGAGGCCAAGGGCAGCUACCGCCGGGGCCUGGCCUGCGUGGCCACAGGGUCCCUGCGCCGGCGCCAUGCCCGCGCCUGGGCCGCGCUGUGGCGGGGCUGCAGCGUGGAGCUGGCCGGGCCCCUGCGGCUGCGGCGAGCGCUGCGCGGGAGCCUCUUCUACCUCCUGAGCUCCAUCACCCCGCGCCCGGCUCUGCCCUCCCAUGGCAUCAGCCCCGGCGGGCUGGCCAACGGCGCGCGCGGGGAGGACUACUGGGGACACGUCUUCUGGGACCAGGAGACCUGGAUAUUCCCGAACAUCCUGCUGUUCUAUCCCGAGGCUGCCCGAGCCAUGCUGGAAUACCGGAUCCGCACGCUGGAAGGAGCCCUGCACAACGCGCGGGAGCAAGGCUACGAGGGUGCUAAGUUCCCGUGGGAGAGCGCAGCCACUGGCCGGGAAGUCUGCCCUGAGGAGAUCUAUGGAGCCCAGGAAAUCCAUGUCACCGGGGACGUGCUGGUGGCCUUUGAGCAGUAUUAUCACACCACGCAGGACCAGAAGCUGUUCAGGGAGGCUGGAGGCUGGAGGCUGGUGUGUGCCGUGGCUCAGUACUGGUGCAGCAGGAUGGUGUGGAGCGAGGAGGAGCAGUGCUACCACAUCAGAGGUGUCAUGCCCCCGGAUGAGCACCAUUGCCACGUUGACAACUCCGCUUACACCAACGCCGUGGCCCAGCGGAGCUUGACUUUUGCAGCCGAUCUGGCUCGAGACUUGUUGAUCCCAGUGCCUGAGCAGUGGCUGCGCUGUGCCAAGAACAUCAAAGUGCCCUUUGAUGCGGAGAGGAAAUAUCACCCAGAGUACGACGGCUACAGCCCGGGCGAGCCAGUGAAACAAGCUGAUGUGGUCUUGCUGGGCUUCCCACUGAUGCACCCCAUGAGCCCUGAAGUCCGGAGAAAUGACCUGGAGAUGUAUGAACCCGUCACAGAGCUGGAUGGACCAGCCAUGACCUGGAGCAUGUUUGCCGUGGGCUGGCUGGAGCUGAAGGAGGUGCAGAGAGCCCAGACCCUGCUGAACAAGUGUUUCAGCAACAUCACGGAGCCCUUCAAGAUCUGGGUGGAGAACUCGGAUGGGUCAGGAGCUGUGAACUUCUUGACAGGGAUGGGUGGAUUCUUGCAAGCCAUCCUCUUCGGCUACACAGGCUUCAGGAUCACGAGGUCCAGCCUCCGCUUCAACCCGGCCUUUCCGGAUGACAUCCACAAGCUGAACAUCACCGGCGUCUCCUACUUGGGCAACAAACUGAAGUUCACCAUCACCAGAGAAGAGAUGGGGAUCGAAGUGACCGAGUGCCCCCAGGACCCUCCAGCAUCGCCCCUGGAAGCGGUGCUGGAGUCGGGGCAGCGGCUGCCCCUGUGUGAAGGGCAGAGGGUGUCGUUCCCCACGGCCGCCGGCUGGAUCCAGAGAUCAUCCACUGGGACCUCUUGAACCUCAGCUGAUCCGGGCUGUACCCACUGGAGCAGAAGCAAGUUGAAGAGCAGAUGGUGGCAGAGGGGAAUGUGAAAGUGGGGUGGAACCUGGGGUCCCAGGGUGGGCCAUAAACCCUCUGUCCCCAUGGGA